GUGACUUCACCUCGGUGACUGUGCACGGGCCACCUGCAAUUUGACAUGUGGGCUUUCUUCAAUGGCAACGCUGUCCUGCUCGACCCUCCAAUGCGAGGCCAUUCGGGGGAUUCGAUUUUUUGUGAGUCUCAGGGCUAUGUUUCAAUUGAGAAUGCCCAUUGCCACUCGUUUAUUUGACUCAACCUCUCUUUGAAUAUGGCCUUUCUCGAGGCUCUGAGGGGAGAAAUGACCCGUGAAGUGCUGGAGUCAUCGCUGGUGUGGCUUCUUAUCGCUGGUCGUUUCCACACCACCCUCUUUCGGCGAUCCGGCGAGCAGACUUCCUUCUGGGCCUCACUCAAAGUCCAUGCCGCCAUACACUGGGGUGUUAUACUUCUCUACUUGUUCUGCAAUGCCUGGAUGGCAAAGGUCAAUGCGGUGGUCGCCGAGCCUUACCUGGACGAAGUAUUCCAUAUUCCCCAGGCGCUGCAAUACUGUAAAGGCAGGUAUUACGAAUGGGAUGACAAGAUUACCACUCCCCCAGGCCUGUAUGCUCUAAGUGUGUUAUACCACAGGGUAUGGGGGUACUUGUGUACCACCCCGAGCCUGCGCCGUAUAAACCUUUACGGCAUCCUUCUCGUCGCACACUUCGCGUCGGUGACCCGGCAAUCCCUGGAGGCAAGAUCCGCGGGUGGUCGCCCCCCGUCUCAAACCCCAUCCUUCUACGCAACCCACGUUGCUACCAACAUUGCCCUCUUCCCAGCUCUCUUCUUUUUCUCUGCCCUAUACUACACCGAUAUCGUUUCGGCGCUCGUAGUACUCGUUUCGUAUCAGAACCACCUGAAGCGCCUGUCCCGAGAUGGGGAAAGUGGGCUCGCCAGCAGCCUCUGGACGGUUCUCCUGGGAGUUGCCGCCCUUUUCAUGAGGCAAACCAACGUCUUCUGGGUCGUGGUAUAUAUGGGUGGCCUGGAAGCUGUCCAUGCCGUUAGAUCGUUGAAGCCCACUUCGGUCGAGACACCGCAGUUCACGACACUUGCCAGCUUAGUAAGGUUCUACUCGUGGAGGUACUCUAUAGGGGAUAUCCACGACCCGCCAUUGAGCCUUGCGCGGAACAUCGACUGGGUGUUCUGUGUUCUCAGCAUCGCUAUCGCCGCGGUGUGUAACACUGCGAAGGUGCUGAGACAGAUAUGGCCGCAUAUUACCAUCAUGGGACUUUUCGUCGCCUUCGUUGUCUGGAAUGGAGGUGUUGUGUUAGGAGACAAGUCCAACCACAUUGCGACCCUGCAUCUUGCGCAGAUGCUGUAUAUCUGGCCCCUGUUCGCAUUCUUCUCGACGCCGCUUCUCAUCCCGACUGCGGCAUCCCUCGUUUCCAGUGUCUUGCAGACCACUUCACGGGUUGUCCGAUGGCAGAAGCCUGGUGAAAGGUCGAGGCCAACAGCCGCACAGGACGACGCGAGGAAGCCACCCCCCGUCCGGACAGAGCGGAAGAGCUCAGUAUCCAACCUUCAGAAGUCAUUGGCUCUCAUAACCACCGAGUUCUUGUGUCAGAACGCGUUUCCCCCAAUUUUCCUGCUAGGCGGUAUCAUCCUCUCAUUGGCGAUUGUCAAAUACAACACUAUCAUCCACCCAUUCACAUUGGCCGACAACCGACAUUACAUGUUUUAUGUCUUCCGCUACACCAUCCUCCGUUCGACCAAGGUGCGACUAUCCCUGGUGGCCGUCUACGCGGGCAGCGCCUGGCUGGUGUGGAACCGCCUCGGAGGGUGCCCAGCCACUCCCUCGCGCGAGACGAACCAUGCUAGUCCUACGGAGCAAGGCACCACCAUUCCCUUCAUCAGCACCCCUUUCCCGCCGGCAACCAUGAGGGAGAGCCAGGAGCACCCCAGAGCGGGAGGCCCACGGCUCUCGUCCCCCAACAACCGGGCCGCCGUACCUGCAGACGAAGUCGUCACUCUCGACGACCCGACCUCCACCUCGACCACAUCCCCCCCGACAUCCACCGCCCUCCUCCUGUUCCUCACCUCGGCGCUCUCCCUCGUCACAGCCCCGCUCGUGGAGCCACGCUACUUCAUCCUCCCGUGGAUAUUCUGGCGCGUGCUGGUGCCCGCCUGGCCCGCCCGCGGGUCUCGCGGCCCGGAGUCUCUCGGCGCCCGGCUGUCUCACGUCGUCCCGGGGGCGGCCUGGCUCCACCGGCAGGGCCGCAGGUUCGACCUGACUGUGGUGCUGGAGACGCUGUGGUUCCUGCUCGUCAAUGCCGGGACCAUGUACAUGUUCCUGUAUAAGCCGUUUGUGUGGAAGGGCAGUGACGGGUCGGUUCUGGACGGCGGGCGGACCCAGCGGUUUAUGUGGUAGUCCCCCGCCUUGUUUUGUCGCAUAUGACCGGCUGCUUGCCGAGCUGGGGUUCUGACUUCGGCCGCGGCUCAUCCUCGGUAUUGGUCAUUGCACGUGUGGAAGUGGAAAGGCUACCGAAAUAGAGAGAAGAUAAGAUCAACUUUUACGAUUCAUUGUAUGCAUGCUUGCUUGCUUUUCUGUUCUCUAAGAUGCCGUCGAACGGGCUUGCCAAAGUUAGGCCAUCUUCAAAAUGCCAACCGUACCAAGCGAGCGGUCCCUCC